AUGAGAAUAAGAAGCGGCGGAGGCGGCGGAAUGAGGAAAACUUCCGGCAACGGCGGCGGUAUGAGGAAAAAAUCUGGCUACGGUGGAGAAAACCUGCGUCGUCUCCGCCUCGACGUCGAAUCCGCAAUGAAGAAGUUUUCGAAUGUCGAAGAACUUGUGGAGCACCUUCGCUCCCAGCCCAUUUACAAUCGCUACAAGCGACGACCGUUCGCCAAAAGCGUUGAGGGAAUUUUUGAGGUCUUGAUCAGAAGAAGCAACGUCAUGGAUGGGUCCGACGGUGGCAGCGGUACUCCUGUUGCGAAUAAGAGAAGGAAAACUAAUGAAGUGCCGAGACGCAGCAGUUCCUCUUCUUCCGAGGCAUCCGCCAGUUCUUCAGAUCGAGAUGCUUCGUCCUCCGAUGAGGAGGCGUCCACAGCCGUGGAUGCCAUUUACGAGGAGAAAUUCGAGCCGGAAAUUGACUUGACAAGGUCGCUGAUGCGGGAAAAGCUGUGUAAGAAGUCCCAGGAAUCACGCAGCAGGGGAAAGGUUGAGAAAGUCAUGGAAGUCGAGAUGCCGGAUAACAAGUUGCACUUGAUGAAUGAGGUAGAUAAAUUAUAUGAAGGUGGUCAGUGUAAGACUAGUAACAGCUCCAAAGGCGGUGGGGGUGGCGGGAAAUUGAUCAGUAAGCGGAUGUUUAGUGAUUUUGGGGGAAUUGAUGGAGCCAUUGAGGAAUUGAGGAGGAAGGUCCUUCUCCCCUUCUGUCAUCCAGAGCUGCCUCGCAAGCUUGGAGUCAAACCUGUAACGGGGAUUCUGUUACACGGUCCACCCGGUUGCGGGAAAACAACAUUGGCUGAGGCUAUUGCCAAUGAAACUGGGGCGGAGUUUCUUAAAAUUUCUGCGGCGGCAUUGGUAUCUGGAGUUUCAGGUGCGUCCGAAGAAAAUAUUCGUGACUUAUUCUCAGAAGCAGAGAAGAAAGCACCAUCUAUUGUGUUCAUCGAUGAAAUUGACGCUGUUGCUGCUAAAAGAGAAAACUCACGGGGAAUGGAGCUCCGUAUUGUGACACAGUUGAUCACUUGCAUGGAUGAAUCAAGGAAGCUUGCAAAACCUGUUGAUGGCAACUCGGGUUCUGGAAGUUCUAAUUCUAAAUCCAGUUAUGUGCUAGUGAUUGGAGCAACUAACAGACCUGAUUCUCUUGACCCUGCCUUAAGGAGGCCUGGACGAUUUGAUCGUGAAAUUGCUUUAGGCGUUCCUGAUGAAUAUGCGCGCGCACAAAUACUAUCAAAGCUUACGUGCAAUCUUAAAGUUGAAGGUGCUCUUGACAUCUCGAAAAUAGCUCGUUCCACUCCGGGUUUUGUUGGAGCAGAUUUAGAAGCGCUGUGUAAUGAGGCUGGUUACCUUGCAAUGAAUAGAAUCAUAGAUGACAGAAAACUUGUGCUUUUAAAAGAGCAUGAAAGUGCUUCUUGUGAAGAAAGAUGGAGGUCUCCAUUGUCAAAUGAAGAAUUGGAGCAUGCUUGUAUGACUGUGGCAGAUUUUGAGGAAGCUAUUAAAAUUAUUCAACCUUCUUCUAAAAGGGAAGGAUUUUCUGAUGUGCCAAAUGUGAAGUGGGAUGAUGUUGGAGGUCUUCAUUUACUCAGAAAAGAGUUUGAUCGUCAUGUAAUUAAACCUAUAAGGUUUCCUGAAGUUUAUAAGAGUCUUGGAUUCAACUUGGAGACAGGCUUUUUACUUUAUGGUCCUCCUGGUUGUGGAAAGACCUUGAUUGCCAAGGCGGUUGCUAGCGAGGCUGGGGCUAAUUUCAUGCAUAUAAAGGGUCCUGAACUUUUGAGUAAAUACGUUGGUGAAAGUGAGCUGGCAGUGCGGACAAUCUUUAGUCGUGCAAGGACAUGUGCACCGUGCGUUCUUUUCUUUGAUGAGGUGGAUUCACUGACAACAAGGCGUGGUAAAGAAGGGGGAUGGGUUGUUGAGCGGCUCUUGAACCAGCUCCUGAUAGAGCUGGAUGGUGCAGGAAGAAGGAAUGGUGUUUAUGUAAUUGGUGCCACAAAUAGGCCAGAUGUCAUGGAUCCUGCACUGCUCAGAUCCGGAAGGUUAGGGAAGCUUCUAUAUGUCCCUCUCCCUAGUCCUGACGAACGGGGGAUGAUAUUGAAAGCUCUUGCUCGGAAUAAGUUACUAGAUUCUGAUGUGGACCUCGUGGCCAUAGGGAAAGACGGAGCUUGCGAAAAUUUUAGUGGCGCUGAUCUUUCUGCUUUGAUGAAUGAAGCGGUGCUUGCUGCCGUUGAAGAAAUACCACCGACAGGAAGUUCAAACGAACCAUUGGCCAUCAAAGAUGCUCAUUUCAAGAGAGCAUUGGAGAAAAUCUCUCCCUCCGUUACGAAAGAGCAAAUUGAGUAUUACAAACUUCUAUCGAGUAGAUUUAAAGCUUCUCGAGGGUAG